AUGAAGCUUAUUCCCAACUUCUUUCUGCGCUCAGCGACGCGUCUGCUGCUUUUCCAGGCAGUUUUUGCCUGGCUGUUCAUGCGGAUCCGUUCCACGCACUUACCCUCAGCACUGAGAAUGCCUUUGAUGGGCGCUACCGGCCUGGUGAUUGGAAACACCCAGUCGUAUCUGGACUUGUACGCUGGGUUUGACCUACCUUGGGAAGCAACAUUUUUUCUGCCAAUCCUGUUCAAUGAAUACAUCAAAAGCACUAUGCCUGAGCUCGCUAUCCUUUUGGGCAUAACACCAUGCUUCCAUGACGUAGUGUACAAGGAUGGAGGAAGGCACUGCAGGCAAGAUCUUGCAUAUGACUGCUUCACACACGCUCUCCUCGAGGACGGCAAGCAAAGUCUCAAAGUCAUGGAAGAUUGCUACGAGGACUUUGGAUAUACGGCUACAGAAGCUUUACAACAUCACAAUCAAUGUCAUGCAAGCGACGACCUCGAGUUCACAGGAGCUGCGGCUUGUGUGAGAGCUGGAGCGCAUCUCGUGAAGAAGCAGAAGAUAUCGCUCAGGAUAUUUCCUGCUCUGAGGUGCAAUAUCAUGUAUGCAGGGUGGGACAUCAUAACUCCGAUGCUGAACGAAAUAGGAGCGCAAGUAGACACGCGUGGAUCAUCUGAAUUCUGCUGGAAGAAUAUAGAUCUUGCUAAUUGGACAGUCUCAAGAACUAGGACAGGAAGAAUGCAGAGUAUAAUCAGAAAUGGAAGAUAG